GUACGCAGAGCAUUGUAGCCUGUUGUAAAUAAACCAAGUGGAGAACCGUGAGGUGUCAAUCUUGUCAAGAAAACUCUUCAAGAAGCUAUGGCCAUGGCCAUCGGAGUUCUCGUCCUCGCCCUGUUGUCCCUCUCCUCAACCACGGUGUUCGCCAAGGACUACUGUGUGUACACUAUCUUUGUGAAAACCGGAUGGUUGCCCAAGGCUGGAACCGAUUCAUCUAUCAGCACGCAGUUCUUUGAUUCGAAAGGUAAUUCUUACAAAGUGGACAGUCUCACUGAGUGGGGAGGAAAUCUGUUGGAUGCUGACCAUGACUACUUUGAGAGGAACAAUGUGGACGUAUUCAGUGGAUUGGGCGAGUGCUUGAACGGCCCAAUCUGUGGUUUGAAUUUGACAUCGGAUGGAACGGGCGAUCACCAUGGCUGGUACUGCGAUUAUGUCGAAGUGACAUCUUCAGGUGUCGGCAAGUCCUGCAACAACCAUCACUUCACCAUCGAACAAUGGCUCGCAACUGAUGCGUAUCCUUAUUCUCUCACUUCCACCAAAGAUGAAUGUGCCGAAGUGACAUCUGGCCUCUCAUCCUCUGAGUAGCACAUCGCAAGAUCUGGGUGGACAGGACCGUCGAUGAGCUUGUUCGAUAUGCGGAUUUCUACCGUUGAACGUUGACCGAGCACUAUAUACUCCCUGUUUUGUAUUCUUAGUUUGUUGGUUAUUGAAUGUAGACAUGCAAGAAUACGAAUGAGGGUUGUUGCAAAAGACUGUCUUUGUUCAGACUCGCGAGAAGUCUGUAUGCCGGCAGACAAUGGUGAUGUCUGGCUUAUCCGACUCAGAUUUUAAAGGAGCGUCAGAACUUGAACAGUUACGAAUGUCCAACAUAUGUGAGGUGCUCAUAUUCGUGCAUGAAGUGUCUUUCCUUCCCAGGCCUUCAGGUUGGCUUGGAGUUGCUUGCUUUUCGACGCA